AUGUCGCUUGGCAGGGCAGCUUGGGAAGGGAGUGGGUUGCAUGGGCGCGGGAGAGGGGGGUGUGAUGUGGGUGUGGUGGAUGGGGGGAGUGGAGCGAGCAUGGGGGAGGAAUUGGAGGAAGAGGAAGGUGAAGUGAUUGAGGGCGAGGAAGAGGAGGAGGUUGAAGAAAUGGGGAAGGGGAGAGCGAGGAGGGGAUGGAAGAGGAUGGAGAGGAGGGGAAGGGAGAGGAGGGAGGGGGAAGUUCCCGAGAGGAGGAGGACAGAGGAUGGCGAGGAGAGGGUCGAUCGGGAUGAGUGGAGGCAAAAGGAGGACGACGAGAAGGGAGAGGAGGAGGAGGAGGAGGAGGAGGAGGAGGAGGAGGAGGAGGAGGAGGAGGAGGAGGAGGAGGAGGGAGAGGAGGGAGAGGGGGAAGAGGAGAGAGAGGAGGAGGAGGAGGAGGAGGAGGAGGAGGAGGAGGAGGAGGAGGAGGAGGAGGAGGAGGAGGAGGAGGAGGAGGAGGUGGUGGAGGAGGGAGAGGAGGGAGGGGAAGGAGAGGAGGAAGAGAAGAGAGGGAAGGGACUUAAGGGAGAAGGGAGAAGAGGGGGGCUGGGCGGUGGCAAGGAGAGCAAGUGUGUGGUUCAGAGUGGGGCUGAUAAUGGGAAUGCAAAGCACAGGCAGGCAUCACACAGGGAUGUGAGGGCGGUGGAGCGGCAGAAAUGCCAACAUGCUGGCCAGUCUCAUAUACAGGGCAAGCAGGCAGGGACACGCAGGGCAAGGCAGGCCGUAUAUCAAGAAGAGAAGGCGUGCUCAGAGGAGGAAUGA